AUGGCGAGGAAGAGCGAUAACGCGAAGAACAUCAACGUCGCGGUGGUCGGACUGUCCGGCACGGAGAAGGACAAGGGCCAGGUCGGCGUCGGCAAGUCGUGCCUGUGCAAUCGCUUCAUGCGCUCCUUGAGCGACGACUACAACGUGGAACACAUCUCGGUGUUGUCGCAGUCCGAUUUCAGUGGACGCGUGGUGAACAACGAUCACUUCCUGUAUUGGGGCGAGGUGACGAAGGCCGCGGAGGACGGGACGGAGUUUCAGUUCCAAGUGAUCGAGCACACGGAGUUCAUAGACGACGCGUCGUUUCAGCCGUUCAAGGGCGGCAAGAUGGAGCCGUACGCCAAGAGGUGUGCCGCCACGAAGAUCACGAGCGCGGAGAAGCUCAUGUAUAUCUGCAAGAAUCAGCUAGGCAUAGAGAAAGAGUACGAGCAAAAGGUUCUGCCGGACGGCAAGCUGAAUAUCGACGGCUUCCUCUGCGUGUUCGACGUGAGCCUCGUGCCGAACAGAUUGAUCGAGAAGCAGGUCGAGAUCGUGGCGAACGUUCUCAACAACCUGAUGAAGACGAAGAAGCCGAUCGUGCUGGUGACGACGAAGAACGACGACGCGAACGAGCAGUUCGUAAAGGAGGCCGAGAAGCUGAUAAUGCGCAAAGAAUACAAAGGCUCGAUCCUGAUCGUCGAGACCUCGGCGCACGAGAACAUCAACAUCGACCUGGCGUUUAUGAUCGUCGCGCAGCUGAUCGACAAGACCAAGAUGCGCAGCAAGGUGAUACCGUUCGCCGAGGCCGCCAGAGCCAGAAAGGAGCUACUGGACGCCUCCACGGAGUCCCUGCAGAGACUGAUCCGGGUGCACGUGACCGACUAUCGCGCCUUGUGGUCGCAAGCUUCGAAGAAACUCGCCCAGCACAAGGAGUUCUCCACGUUCGUCGAGCUGUUCGGCAUCGAGGCGACGCAGCGGCUCUUCAGAAGACACAUCAAGAAGCUGAAGGACGAGCAGGUGGCGAAGAAGAUCCAAGGUUACCUGGACAUGCUGCCGGAUAUCCUUCACGAGAUCUGUCCCGACAUAACGAAUUUGAUUAACGAAGAAUGGUCGGCGGUGCAGCAAUACAUCAAGGAGCACCCCGACUUCCACCAGUACUUCUUCGAGUGCCCCGAGGAUAUCCCGUGGAUCGACUGCGACUUCGGUGAGAGCAACGGCACGAAGAUCCCGUACGACGUGCUGGAGACUCCCGAGGCGGAGACCGUGUUCAAGAAUCACAUCAACGCUCUGCAGCAGGAGCAACGGCGACUGGAACUUCCGAAAAGGUGGAAGAAGCAAUUCAAGCAAUUGUUGGAGGAAACUGGUUACGUUACGCCUGGGAAACAUCUGUCCGAGGUUAGAGUUUUGUUUAUGGGCAGAGAAUGCUUCGAGGAGCUCUCUCAUCACGAUUGCCAAGAGAUUUACGACCAGCAUCAAAAGGAGAUUAUCGAGAAGGCGAAGCAUAAUUUUCAGGAAUUACUGUUGGAACACGCCGAUUUAUUUUAUCACUUCAAAAGCAUAGCCCCGUCCGGUACCAUUACGCAAGACGACAUAAAAGAAAUCACGGACGCGUUAUUGGAUGAUUUUAGAUACAAAGCGUUAGAUAGAUUAGAUCAGGAUAGAAAGCUAAUGCUGUUUCAACAUUUGGGAUUUGUGCAUUGUCCCAUAAGAGAGCAUUGCCCGGCUUAUCCGAAUUGCAUGGACGCGCUCAUAGAGAGGAUACUCGGCACGAAGGCACACAGACCUUCCUCAUGGAAUCACAGUAGUCAGUGGCAGUUAACGUCGGAUAACAAUCAGUUGAAUUUAGUCAUACUCGGGAGUAACAAACUGAGCGAGGAAUUCGCCCGUGAGAUAAGGGCGCAGACCGAGGACGACGAGGUGGAGAUUGACUGCCAAUUGUACACUCUCGGUUAUCGAAUCAUAGACGGUGACGUCGGACUGCCGCACAACUCCUUCACUACCUCCGACUUCAUGCCGCACGGAUCCUUUUGUAUCUACGCGAAUGAGGAUUCGUUUGAGUACAUUCGAUCCUCUUUAGAGAAAACUCUAUUGUCGAAUUUAGAGCAGGAGGAUAGGCUACCUUUCCAAGGAUUGCCGAUUGUAAUAAUGUUCGUGCCAGAGUCCAGUAUCGACGAGAUGGAAGCCAUGAGGCUCAAAGAGGAGGGACAGAAUCUCGCUGACAGCCUGCAGUGUCCGUUCAUCGAUGUCUGCAUAGACGAUCUGGAACAGGACAAGAGGUUCCCGACUCCGCUGGUGAAGGAUGCUUUGCAGCAACUCAUACAGUCCAUAAAUCACAGAGCUGGUUUUUUAAAUAUAUAUCAAAGCGUCAUCGAGUGCUUGGAGCCUGAUAUUAGGAUAAUAAUGUGCAUGUUCUGCGGCGAUCCAUACUCGGUAGAGAACGUCCUCGGUCCCUUGCUUAGCCAUCAGUGUUGCUUUCUCAGCGGAGACCGGUCUAUAGUGUUGGAAACAUUCCUGGGAGAAUCCAAACGUCGGGUCGAGGUCAUUAUUUCGAGUUUUCACGGGGCUAACGCGUUCAGAGACGAGCUGGUGCACGGCUUCAUACUCGUCUAUUCCACGAAGCGGAAAGCAUCGCUCGCAACUCUAAACGCCUUUUCCAUGAACAUACCAAACCUGCCGAUACAAAUAAUGGCUGUGACCGACACCGGCGGUGCGAACGCGUUCUUCAGUAACGACUUGAGUCAUUUACUCAUCACAGAGGGGAAUGCCACCGCGGACAGAUUGCAGGCGCAUUUCAUGACAUCUGCGUCUAGCUGUCAACAAAAAACCGCGUUUUACACGCCUUUCUUCAAAGAGGUGUGGGAGAAGAAACCAGAGAUCGAGCAGGCGUUCAAUAUGGAAGAGCCGGGGAAUCUGAACGACAGCGGAGAAGGAACUUUGGAGUACUCGGCCCUGCACCCAAUGCCACCGCCGCGACACGAAAGCUAUCAUCUUCAGACGCCGGAUGACGGUAUGUCUGUAACUUUCAGAAGCGGCUCCGAGUCGUACGAGCAGUUGACGCCAGACGGCGAUCUUGGAGACACCGGUCUCACCGAGCAGUUCGCCGAUCACCGAGCCACGCCGAGCGACGAUAGCGAUAUUUACAGUCAGGUCGACUUCUAUCGCGAGGAACGGGAGAGAGAUCUGAUGAAGAACGAGGACAUUACGAGCAAGCUAUCCGGUUGGGUAAAGGACACAUUUAUGCACCAAGAUGGAGUUACCAACAGUUACUCACACAGAGCCUUUACGACAGGUCGACGACAUAUUUCCCAGGCUAAGCCACGACCGAAAGGGAAUAGUCAGACUUUGAAACAGCCCGGAAAGAUCAAUCUGAAAGACUUUUCAAAUGUAACAGACGCGAUAGCUAGGAUGACGAUAGGCGAGAAAGACGAACACGGCCCAAAACUGACCACGAUGGGUCAUGCUCCUCUCGCCACACCGGAAUUAGUCGAUCUCGGCUCCGAGUACGCGCAGGUGAAGGACGUUGUUCCGAGCAUGUACUCCGCGUACGACGGCGAUUACAUGUACGCCUUGGUGCAAGAUUCCAUCGGCAAUAACAAGUCCAAGCUGCGUCAUCGACGUGAAAAAGGACAACCAUCGUACAGCGACUCCGACUCGGAGUGGAGUUCCUUGGAGAGACCGAGGGUAACUGACGUAUUGGGCAAAGCGAACAAGAAACCUUCGUCGCACAAAAGAAUACGCAAGAAACGCACCGCGAUACCGGUCGCGACACCCAAGGUGCCGUCACUGGCCAGCAUGGGAAGCGGGGACGGUAUAGUCGGUUUGAACUACAACAUGAAGGAGGACAAGAACUGGCGCGUCGAUCCAGCGGAUAGAGUGUCCAGCGAAACGCCUGACAGUUCCGACUCGAGUGAUCCGGAGCACACUUCGAGGUCCAGAUCGAAACAAUAUAAAUAUGCGGCGGUUAGUUUGCGGAAAAGAUUCUCCGGGAACUCGUUGCAGCAACAGCACCUGCAACACCCUUUCAAUGUGAAACACAUGACACAAGAGAUGUUCAGCGCUUCUUCCAAGCAGAGGUGUGAAAAUACGUUUGGCAUUCCAGAUGAUGAGUCGAGUCUGGAUGUUUCCUCACCGCGAGAAAUCAAUUCGCCCAGUUUCGGUAUAUUGAACAAGUCGAAGGACGGGGAUAAGUUGACCAGGAAGAAGGAUAAGCAGAAGGCGAAGGAGGACGAAAAGUUGGAGAAGAGAAGGCAGAAGGAGGAGAAGCUUAAGAAGCACGCAGAGAAGGAGAAGGAGAGGGAAAAGAAGAAGCAGGAAAAGAUUAAACAGACCAAAGGCCCGGGCGGCACACCGAUCUCCAGUCAGUCGCAGCUGCCGUUGAUCGAGGAUUUCGCACAGAGCGAAACGAAUCGGAUACCUUUGUUCCUCGAGAAGUGCGUGCGAUUUAUCGAGGACGAGGGACUGGAUUCGGAGGGGAUAUACAGGGUGCCUGGUAAUCGCGCACAUGUGGAGCUGCUUUUCCAAAAGUUCGAAGAAGAUGGUAAUGUUGACAUACAUUCUUUGGAUAUUCCCGUGAAUGCUGUCGCCACAGCAUUAAAAGAUUUCUUCUCCAAGAGGCUACCACCAUUAAUUGAUAAAGAACGCAUGACCGAGCUCGAAGAUAUAUCAGGUGCACGAGGCAAACCUAUGUCGUCUACUUGUAUGAACAUGGAAGACCGAAGUUGUAGAUUAUUGGCUUUGCGUUUGAUGCUCAACAAGUUGAAUCCUGUAAACUUUGACGUUCUCAAGUUUAUCUUCCAACAUUUCGUGAAGGUCGCGGAGAACUGCAAGCUCAACAGCAUGGACAGCAAAAAUCUGGCGAUCUGCUGGUGGCCUACGUUACUACCUAUCGAGUUCAACGACCUCGGCAGAUUCGAAGCCAUGAGGCCGUACCUGGAGGACGUGGUCCAGACGAUGAUCGACCAGUACCCCUUCCUAUUCUGCGGCGAGGAGGCCAUUGUGAUGGUGUAGUGACGAAUGCGUUGGCGUGUCCAUAGUGCGUAGUUGCUGUGCAAGCAAAAGUGAACAAGUUUCGAUGGACGGACGGUUAGGUGGGUGGAUAAAUGAAUGGAUGGAUGGGUAGAUGAAUUAAUGAACGAAUGAAUGAAUGAAUGAAAAUUAAUGGUAGCGGAACGUCAAGCGCCCCUGCUCGCGGAAUAAUGCGACACAAUUUUGUACGCGGUCGACGUGAUCACGCGAUCGGGCGUAAAUGAUUGGUCUCAAUAUAGUUUGUAUUGAUAUUAACUUCGCUUUAGCGCACUCGUAAUCGCGAUUAAUAACAUGCAGGUGCCACGGCGCGACGUGGACGAUCGAACUCGGAGGAGAGUCUAUUUCGGUUUUCUCAGUCGCUGCGUUUCGUUCGUUUCCCGCGGAAUGCGACGAGUCGCGAGAUUCUCUCCCGCUUACGAUGAGUGGAAUGAUUGAUCGGUCGAUGGUCCUAAAAAGAAAGAGAGAGAGAGAGAGACGGCUGUUCGCGCGCAGGUCAGAUAAUAACGCGAGUAAUAAGAGUCAAUCCAUGUGUCAUAAUAGUAUGCAUGUAUCAUGUUGGAUGUAAUCAGAGCGAUGUAUUUAUUGAUAUUAUAUUAGGGAUAAGGCUCGGUAUUUGAUAAUAGCGAUUAGCUUAUAGCUGAGAAGAUAAGAUCGAUGUUGCUUUUUCUCUUCUUUUUUUUUUUUUUUUACUUUAGUUCGCUUCCCGGUUAACUUCUUUCUGUGCUGUUCUUUCAUAUUUCACUUGUCCGCAUCGCGAGAAACGAAAAUGCUGAACCGCAAAGUGAAAUGACAUACCUAACGUGGCCUCGUUGAAGAGGUUGUUAAUAUUAAAAAGAAAAAGUGACCGCGCAUCCAACCAGUAUCUACGAAAAAUAGAAAACAUGACGAUUCAUCGUCGAAUAUAUAUAUCACGCACACAUGCAUACAGCAACGAUAUCAAAAAGCCAAAAUUAUUUAUUAUUUUUAUUUAUUUUUCCUUUUAUUUUAUUUUUGCUAGUGCACAAAUCUAAUCUCGAGCGUGUUUUACUUCUUGCAUCCUGUCGGUGUAGAUUAUCGUACAAGAAUUUUUAAAAACGGUUUUUUAUCGCGCGGCAGGGCCGAGGCAGGCCCUAACGAUGAUACAGAUACCGUAUAUUCUCAUUCCGUCUAAAGAGAUGAAAUAAAAACGAAAAAAAGCAAAACGCGAAAAGCGUCACGUAUAAUUGCACAAAUCUCGAUAAACAGCGAUAGCAGGCGUACGCGAAAAAAAAAGGAAGAAAAAGAACGAAGAUAGAAAUGUUAAAGAAAAGAAAUCUUUUCGGGAGAAUCUCAUUUUGCGCACAAGCGUAUACACAAAUAAACAAGCAAGCAAACAAACAUACACGUACACACUCGCGUCGAACGAAUCGAAACUACUGUAUUAAGAGAUAUUUAGAGGUACGAACGAUAAGGUUCUCUAAGGUUUUCUUAAGACGAAUAUGUACAUAGGAGUUUAACGAUUUAAAAUACGCGAGGUUCAUUAACGAGAAAACGCUAAAUUCGCGAGGACUUUGCGACGACAGCGAAGAGUUUAGCCCCGUUUUAACGCAGCAAGCUGACGUCUCGUCGUUUGUAUUUUCGCAAAAAAGAACGAAAAAAAAGAAAAACGCAGAAAGUAUUUAUUAACGCAGUAUUAUCGCGCGAGAGGUAUGCUCGAUCGAGGGGCCGUGAUUCGAUUCAGUUGUCGAGAGGAAGAAGGAAUGAGGAGGGCGUCAUCUGAUUAGCACACUCGUAUUUCGACACAUUCGCAUACGCAAAACGUUCCAACACACCCGCGCCGCGAUUUAGUUCCUCCGUGCUCGGCUUGAGUUCGCGGCCGAGAUCCGAGUCCAGACAUUGCGAGUUCGCGACGUGAAUUCAUGGAUUUUUGAGAGACGCGGGACGCUCUUUUUUCGUAGGUGUGCCAUAACUUAAGUCGAUGUUAACGAGAUCGUAAGUGGCAGGUAUACAUAUGCCUUUCGGCGGCUCAACAUUCGAAAGUAAGCUUGCGCGCGCCCACGCUGUCCGAGCGUAAACCGACAGCGAAUACACUCGCGAGAGACACUCAAUCGCCCGUGAAUGUUGAAGCCACUAUGCGAACAAGAGAGAGAGAGAGUGAAAGAGAGAAAGAAAGAGAGAGAGUGAAAGAGAGAGAGAGAGAGAGAGAGAGAGAGAGUGAGAGUGAAAGAGAAAAGAAAACGCAACAACACACUUUUGUAAUUCGAAGAUUAACCGCAAACAUUCCCGUAAGGAACGUCGAUGUUACUUCGCCGUCUCGAGAGGGGCACGUUUCGACUGGAUCAGAAGCUCCUGAUCUUGAGAGAGAAGGAAAACAAGAGUAAAAUCUCACCUACGAUAAACUAGAGUGACUUUCUCUCGAAGAGUCGGCUCGCCAGAGCGAAACGCGCGUCUCACGGAACAUGCUAUACGCUCCGUAUUUGUAAGGAUAAAACGUUGUAACGAUAUUUCUACGAUCAAGGACGCGCUGCAGCGAAAGACAGAUACAGAAGCAGAGAGAGAGAGAGAGAGAGAGAGAGAAAGAGAGAAAGAACGGAUCGUACACAUUCCCGUUUAGUCGUAAAAGAAAAAAAGAUUUUAUACAUUCGUACGUACGUAAUUGUAUAAUGUUCUUAAUAGGAAUGAAAAGACGUCGAUGUUUUACGUGCGGGAUCUAGAACGCGCGAAACGGUCGAGAAGACUACUGGAAUAAUAACGACGCGACCGGCGUUUUCGCGUCGACGAUGUUGAAGUGGCUGGCGUGUGUCGAAGCGCUUGGGAGAUGUUUCUUCUUCUUCUUCUUGUACUUCUUCUUGUUCUUCUCCGUCUCUUUAUCUUCGUCCGUUUUACGUGUAUGUCGAAUCGUUCAGUUUGGAGCACUUGCGAAAUUUUGCCACAAUUGUAAGAUCACACGUGUGUUACCGAGAGUCGCUUGCACCGUUUCAUUGAUCUCAUUUUGCCGGCAGGAGUCGCGUACACUUUGAUGGUUAGCUUAGAUAUAAUGUAUUACGGCACUUUUUCCCGUCUCUACGCGAUACUGUUAGAAUCGUUUGUGCAGACGAUUUCUCUGCUAUUAGCCGCUUGGUGCAAUCGCCUCCGCUAAGCUUCUUCGUUAGCGAAUCUGUCGUGCGUAUUUCGUGUAAAGUAGCUCUCGCGAGCGACUCGCUAUCAUUUUUCGCGCGACUAUCAUUUGUCCGGGAACCCUCUGGCGCAAAGCCAUGCCUUCAAGUGCGAUCGAGCGGAGUCGUUCGCCGCGACGGCGGUCUAAUCGAAUUUCUCGCGAAAAUUGCAAGAAUAUCCGACUCGUAGCCCGCGAUUAUGUGACAAAUUGAUUAUCAUUAAAAUUUUUAACAAACAGCCUCAAGAAUCUUCGAUUAUCAGUCGACUUGCGUCUAUUUCAUAUAAGAAAUAUUCACUUAAAUGACCAGACAGUUGUAAUAAAUCGUGCUCUCGAUCAAGGGAUGCAAAUCAUUUGCAAUUGUGGUUUAAGAAAUUUUAGGGCGGUGUUUAUAGUAGAGUCUUACAUUUAAGUUCGUCUUAGGUUCAUUUUCAGAUACUAUGUGAGACGUUUUAUUAAGCUGCGAAGAUGAACUUAAGACGUUCUUCAAUAUAAUCUCCAAUUAUAAAUACCGGCCUCGGAGUCAGGAUAAUUAAAUUGAUCGAGGCACUUUUUCACUAAUACUACUUUUAUAUAUAUCCGUGAGUAUUUUCUUCAUUCUUAAGAAUGACAUUCAUUUCGCUAGAUCUGACGCAUUAAUUAAUCUUUGCGCUUGUAUCAAUUAUCUCAAGCUUUGAGAAACGAGGACAGAGCGACCUGGACAACCGCCGCACCGACGCAGACCCGCGAUCGCAGCCUCGUUUCGUCGCACUCUCGUGUCCACGUUGUAACGGUUAAGCAAUAGCACAAGAAACGAAUCUACCGAGUAACGAAGAGGUACUCGCCGCCGCCGCCAACGACGACGACGACGACGACGACGACGACGACGACGACGACGACGUAGCAGUAAUAACAAUAAUUAGUAGUGAGCGCGAGAUAACGAUCACCAAGCUUCGCAACGCGACUCGUCCUUCGCUCCUUCUCCUCCUCAUCGUCAUCAUCGUCAUCGUCAUCGUCACCGACGGCUACAUCACCAUCGUCAUCCCUCGACACGUAUCCAUCGAGCGUCUUCUCUCGCGAAGCCUAAAGGAGAAAAACCACUUUUUCUACGAUACGUCCGUUAAGAUUUCCGCUUGUCUCUUCUCGCUGAUCCGGGGAGACGGGCCCGUCUCCUCUUCCCCGCGCAUCCACCAUCACCAUCACCACCUCUCACCUCCCGUUACGAAUACGAAUAUCCUUGCGUUGUCUCUAACGUAGCCUGUGAUAAGAACGUAGGCGUACGGACCUUGUUUCCCUUAUUUAUAGCAUCGGCUGAUGUACGAAUGUAUUAUAGUUGUACAGUUGCAUCGGAUGAUGUGUAUUAUAAAGCCCGAUUUACUUUUGCGUUCUCUCGCGCGCUCGUCCCUUCGUACACUUGCGUGUUGUUAUUGAUAUUAUUAUUAUUAUUAUUAUUAUUAUUAAUAUUAUUAUCAUUAUCAUCGUCAUACCUUUCUCUCUUCACACACUUUGUCGCACAACCCGCAUGUAUUGUGUUCUCAUCCGCGCUGUUGUGCUUCGUUUUCCAUCUCGAGAGCUUUGAUUCAUCAUCUCUUUUUUUUUCCUUUCCUCGCAGUCCUCUCUGCAUACUUUGCGAGCACCCCUGGAGUAACGAUGGCAAAUUGCGAGGAGAAAAAUCACGGUGUACACUCACACGCUCACACACACGCACGCCGCACCCUACGCGCAGGAGAAAAUGUGUUGCGCGAAACGCAAUUCGUCGAUUGUAUACUCGUUAAUUCGCCGAUCUCGUCGUCUCACGGAGCAAAUACAGAGACUUUCAGUUCGGACGACUAGACGCGAAGCAAGAUCUCAAUUUUAGCAUGUUCUCAGCGGAUGAUCGAGAGUCUACCACUCGUCCUCUCCAAAUUGAUUUAGCCGCGUUUUGCGAUAUUUUAUACCUUGACGUUUUUUAUAACGAAAUAAAAUAAAAGGAAACGUAUUUGUAGUAGUA